UCAUGCUGUGAGAAGCGCAAGACUCGGAACGCGGAGCUUUUGGACGAGAAUCGUGACAGUCGUGGAAAUGCCUUCAAGUUUAAUAUUUUAACCAUGCUGAAGAAAACAAACCCAAAGAUCACAAUUAUCCGGCUGGCGGCCGAGGCGCUGGGGAUGAUGUUAUAGACGACAGAGCAGAGACACAGAGAUCAGAGGACGCCAGGCCAGCGCUACACCACCAUCCCCUCCCUUCCUUCCUUCAGCCUGGUGUAGGACAGCCACAGCUUCAGUAGAGGAAGAGGAACACACACACACACACCCAGGAACCUCUCCUCACCUACCAGAGCCCAACAUGAUCUCCCACCCCACCCCAGCCCCAGGAGGCCCUCUCCUACCCUUCCUCCUCCUGCUGUCAGGGGUGUUAGCCACCAUCCCCAGCGACCUCAGGUCCUUCUCCCCUCCAGAGGGGGGGCUCACACACCUGGUGGUCCACAACAAGACAGGUGAGGUGUACCUGGGAGCUGUCAACUGGAUCUUCAAGCUGUCCAGCAACCUGACCAAGCUCCGCAACCACGUGACAGGCCCUGUGGUGGACAAUGAGAAGUGUUACCCCCCUCCUGGCGUCCAGUCAUGCCCCCAUGAACUGGCCCAGACCAGCAACGUCAACAAGCUACUGCUGCUGGACUAUGGUCAGAACCGCCUGAUCGCCUGUGGCAGCACCUCUCAAGGCAUCUGCCAGUUCCUCAGGCUGGACGACCUGUUCAAGCUGGGCGAGCCCCACCACCGUAAGGAGCACUACCUGUCCAGCGUGGCCGAGGCUGACACCAUGUCUGGGGUAGUCAUCGGCGGAGACGCGGCCGGGGGCGGGGGAGGGGCUGGCAAGCUUUUUGUGGGCACGCCCAUCGACGGCAAGUCAGAGUACUUCCCCACGCUCUCCAGUCGCAAGCUGAUGGCUAAUGAGGAGAAUGCCGACAUGUUCAGCUUCGUCUAUCAGGACGAGUUUGUCUCCUCGCAGCUCAAGAUCCCCUCGGACACGCUCUCCAAGUUCCCCGCCUUCGACAUCUACUACAUCUAUGGCUUCAGCAGCGAGCAGUUUGUCUACUAUCUGACCCUGCAGCUGGAUACCCAGCUCACCUCACCUGACGCUAGCGGGGAGCAGUUCUUCACCUCUAAGAUCGUCCGUCUCUGCGUGGAUGACCCCAAGUUCUACUCCUAUGUGGAGUUCCCCAUCGGCUGCACCAAGGACGGGGUGGAGUACCGCCUGGUGCAGGACGCCUACCUCAGCCGACCCGGGACCAAGCUGGCACGCACGCUGGGCAUCUCAGAGCAGGAGGAGGUGUUGUUCACAGUGUUCGCCCAGGGCCAGAAGAAUCGGGCCAAGCCCCCCAAGGAAUCAGCCCUGUGCCUGUUCACCCUGCGCCGCAUCAAGGAGAAGAUCAAGGAGCGUAUCCAGUCCUGCUACAGAGGAGAGGGGAAACUGUCACUGCCCUGGCUGCUCAACAAGGAACUAGCCUGCAUCAACUCACCGCUCCAGAUAGAUGAUAACUUCUGUGGGCAGGACUUCAACCAGCCUUUGGGAGGGACCAGCACCAUCGAGGGUCUGCCUCUGUUUGUGGACAAAGACGAUGGCAUGACCUCGGUGGCGGCCUACGAAUACCACGGCCACACCGUGGCCUUUACCGGCACACGCAGCGGACGCAUUAAGAAGAUCCUGGUGAACUCCAUCAACCACCCUGCCAUGCUGUAUGAGAAUGUGGUGGUGAGCGAGGGGAGUCCCAUCCACAGAGACCUGCUCUUCAGCCCAGACUACCAGCACAUCUAUGCCCUCACAGACAAACAGGUGAGCCGUGUUCCAGUGGAGAGCUGUGAGCAGUACUCCUCCUGCAGCACCUGCCUGAGUUCAGGAGAUCCCCAUUGUGGCUGGUGUGUCCUCCACAAUGUGUGUUCGAGGAAGGAUCGUUGUGAGAGGGCUGAUGAGCCUCAGCGUUUUGCCUCCCGAGUAGAGCAGUGUGUCAAACUCAGUGUCCAGCCUGGAAACAUCUCUGUCACCAUGUCCGAAGUGCAGCUGGUGCUGCAGGCUCAGAAUGUGCCUAACCUUUCGGCAGGGGUCAACUGCUCCUUUGAGGACUACACUGAGACAGAGGGACGCAUCUUUGGGGGCCGCAUCUACUGCCUGUCCCCCUCCACACGAGAGGUCGCCCCCAUCACACGCAACCAGGGGGACAAGCGUACUGUGAAGCUGUAUCUGAAGUCUAAGGAGACAGGGAAGAAGUUUGCCAGUGUGGACUUUGUCUUCUACAACUGCAGUGUGCACCAAUCGUGUCUGUCAUGUGUCAAUGGCUCAUUCCCCUGCCACUGGUGUAAAUACCGCCACAUGUGCACUCAGAACGCCAACGACUGUUCCUUCCAGGAGGGCCGUGUCAAUGUGUCAGAGGAGUGUCCCCAGAUCCUGCCAUCCACCCAGAUCUACAUCCCUGUGGGGGUGAUGAAGCCCAUCACCCUGCUGGCUAAGAACCUACCCCAGCCCCAGUCUGGACAGAGGAACUACGAGUGUAUCUUCCACAUCCAGGGAGCCACCUACAGCGUCACCGCCCUGCGCUUCAACAGCACCAGCAUCCAGUGUCAGAAGACCUCGUAUGACUAUGAGGGUAAUGACAUCAGUGACCUGCCUGUGGAUCUCUCUGUGGUGUGGAAUGGCAACCAAGUCAUCGACAACCCCUUCAACAUACAAGCCCAUCUGUAUAAGUGCUAUGCGCUGAGAGACAGCUGUGGGAUGUGUCUGAAGGCUGACCCCAGGUUUGAGUGUGGCUGGUGUGUCCAGGAGAAGAAGUGUUCUCUGAGACAGGAGUGUGCCCCGCUGGAGAGCAACUGGAUGCAUGCCACCGCCGGCAACAGCCGCUGCACACACCCCAAGAUCACCAAGCUGUUUCCGGAGACGGGUCCGAGACAGGGGGGUACCAUGCUGACCAUCACAGGGGAGAACCUGGGCCUACAGUUCAGGGACAUCCAGACAGGAGUGCGCCUAGGCAAGGUGCCCUGUAUCCCCUUUGAGGAGGAGUACAUCAGCGCUGAGAGAAUUGUGUGUUUGCUAAAUGACGCCACGGGCUACCGGGUGCAGGAGGCCAACGUGGAGGUGUGUGUGAGGGACUGCCUGACAGACUACAGGGCCCUCUCACCCCGGGCAUUCACCUUUGUGACACCCUUCUUCACGCGAGUGUUGCCUGCUCAGGGUCCUCUCUCUGGGGGCACCAGGAUCACCAUUGAGGGCAACCACCUCAACGCCGGCAGCUCUGUGUUUGUCAACAUCGGACGCCACCCCUGCCACUUCAAAAAGAGGAAUGCCCGGGAGAUAGUAUGUGUGACCCCAGUGGGGCUGAACCCAGGCAGUACACCAGUCAUGGUGGACAUCGACUCUGCUGAGCUGAGGAACCCAGAGGUCAAAUAUAACUACACUGACGACCCCACCGUCCUGAGGAUUGAACCAGACUGGAGCAUCGCUAGUGGUGGAACCCUGUUGACCAUCAGUGGAACUAACCUGGCCACCAUCAGAGAGCCUAAGAUCAGAGCCAAGUACGGCUCCGCCGAAUCCUUCCAUAACUGCACAGUGUUUAAUAACUCAGUGAUGGUGUGCCUGGCCCCAUCGGUUACCGACUCCGAGAGGGGCUUCUCAGACACGGGCAGUGGGCCGGAUGAGAUCGGCUUCUACAUGGACAACGUCCACGCUCUGGUGGUGGUCAACGAGACAUUCAGCUACUACCCUGACCCCGUGUUCGAACCCCUCAGCCCCACCGGUGUCCUGGAACUCAAACCCACCUCCCCUCUCAUCCUCAAGGGUCGUAACCUAAUCCCUGCAGCGCCUGGUAACUCCAGGCUGAACUACACGGUGUUCAUCGGGGAGACCCCCUGUGUGCUGACCCUGUCUGAGACCCAGCUGCUGUGUGAAUGGCCCAACCUCACUGGACAGCACAAAGUCACAAUCCGGGUGGGUGGGUUCGAGUACUCCCCUGGGACUCUCCAGAUCUACUCAGACAGCCUGCUGACCCUGCCCGCCAUCAUCGGCAUCGGGGGAGGUGGUGGUCUGCUGCUAUUGGUCAUCAUCGCUGUGCUCAUCGCCUACAAGAGGAAGUCCCGUGAUGCUGACCGCACCCUGAAACGCCUGCAGCUACAGAUGGACAACCUGGAGUCCAGAGUGGCCCUCGAGUGUAAAGAAGCCUUUGCAGAGUUGCAGACAGACAUCCAUGAGCUGACCCAGGAGCUGGACGGAGCGGGCAUCCCCUUCCUUGAGUACAGGACCUAUGCCAUGCGUGUCCUCUUCCCUGGCAUCGAAGAUCACCCCGUGCUCAAGGAGAUGGAGGUACGGGUCAAGGAGGUCCAGGCCAACCAGGAGAAGGCCUUGACCCUGUUCGGCCAGCUACUCACCAAGAAGCACUUCCUGUUGACGUUCAUCCGCACCCUGGAGGCGCAGCGCUCCUUCUCCAUGCGUGACCGCGGCAAUGUGGCGUCGCUCAUCAUGACAGCGCUGCAGGGGGAGAUGGAGUACGCCACAGGGGUUCUCAAACAGCUUCUCUCUGACCUCAUCGACAAGAACCUGGAGAGCAAGAACCACCCCAAGCUGCUACUGCGCCGAACGGAGUCUGUUGCUGAGAAGAUGCUGACCAACUGGUUCACUUUUCUCUUGUACAAGUUCCUAAAGGAGUGUGCUGGUGAGCCUCUGUUCAUGCUGUACUGUGCCAUGAAGCAGCAGAUGGAGAAGGGGCCUAUAGACUCUAUCACAGGAGAGGCUCGCUACUCCCUCAGUGAGGACAAGCUCAUCAGACAGCAGAUCGACUACAAGACCCUGACUCUCCACUGUAUGAACCCGGAGAACGAGAACGCCUCGGAGGUGACAGUGAAGGGGCUGAACUGUGACACCAUCACCCAGGUGAAGGAGAAGCUGCUGGAUGCUGUUUACAAGGGCAGCCCCUACUCCCAGAGACCCAAGGCUGGGGACAUGGACCUGGAGUGGCGUCAGGGCAGGAUGGCCAGAAUCAUCCUUCAGGAUGAGGAUGUCACCACCAAGAUCGAUAAUGACUGGAAACGCCUCAACACACUGGCCCACUAUCAGGUGACGGACGGCUCAGUGAUCGCUCUGGUGCCAAAGCAGAACUCGGCCUACAACAUAUCCAACUCCUCUACCUUCACAAAGUCUCUCAGCAGAUAUGAGAGCAUGUUGCGGACAGCCAGCAGUCCAGACAGUCUGCGCUCCCGCACUCCCAUGAUCACGCCCGACCUGGAGAGUGGUACCAAGCUGUGGCACCUGGUCAAGAACCACGACCACUCUGACCAGCGCGAGGGAGACCGCGGCAGCAAGAUGGUCUCUGAGAUCUAUCUGACCCGUCUGCUCGCCACGAAGGGUACGUUGCAGAAGUUUGUGGACGACUUGUUUGAGACCAUCUUCAGCACGGCUCACCGCGGCAGCGCCCUGCCUCUUGCCAUCAAGUAUAUGUUUGACUUCCUGGACGAGCAGGCUGACAAACACUCCAUAUCAGACUCAGACGUACGGCACACCUGGAAGAGCAAUUGUUUGCCUCUGCGGUUCUGGGUGAACGUGAUCAAGAAUCCCCAGUUUGUGUUUGACAUCCAUAAGAACAGCAUCACAGACGCCUGUCUGUCUGUGGUGGCCCAGACCUUCAUGGACUCCUGCUCCACGUCAGAACACAAACUGGGCAAAGACUCGCCCUCCAACAAGCUGCUCUACGCCAAGGAUAUCCCCAACUACAAGAACUGGGUGGAGAGGUACUACUCCGACAUCUCCCGUAUGCCGGCCAUCAGUGACCAGGACAUGAGUGCCUACCUGGCUGAACAGUCCCGGCUGCACCUCAGCCAGUUCAACAGCAUGAGCGCUCUGCACGAGAUCUACUCCUAUAUCAUCAAGUACAAAGAUGAGAUCCUGUCUGCGCUGCAGAAGGAUGAACAGUCUCGCAGGCAGAGACUGCGUAGUAAGCUGGAGCAGGUCAUCGACACCAUGGCCCUGGCCAGCUGAGGAACGGCCUGCAACUGAGGUUUGGAGACGGUAGCAGCUAGGCCUUCUCUCACUGACCCCAGCUCCUGACCCCAACACAACGAGUAAGGACUGCAAGGACACAAGCAGUACACUGGAGACCCACCAGAGUUAGGCCAAUCCAAACAACCCCUCAUUUAUAAACAUUUAACGUCCAUCUGUCGCCCCAAGAAAGUGUCUUAUCAUCGCGGUCUUCAUCACUGGUUUCAGUUUGUCUUCCGUGUUGAUUCAUCUACCCACACACAGGACAGCGACUGUGAAGCAGCUGGUUAAAGAAGCCAGGAGAUAUAUAUAUAUAUAUAAGGGGGGCAAUGGAGAAAGGACUUCAUUUAUAAAGCCCCCCUCCCCCCCAUGGACGCUUCUGACGCGUCAGCAGACUUUCAUGGACGUCGGUUUGAUUUUCAAAUCUAUUUUAUUUUCGAUUUGGUUGAUUUAGUUGUUGAUCUUGUGUUUAACAACAGCCUACUCUCUCCAGCGGUGUGCCACUUGUGUUACUGCUGAAUUUGCACAAUUUACAAAAAAGCUAAAUCAAAAGAAGAGGAUAUAAAUAUAUAUAUAUAUAGAUAUAUAAAUACAACUUCAUUUUUAAAGAAACAAAUGAAAAUAGUCAAAAGUUUUCCAUUUUAAUGUACAAAAUACUUUGAAAGAAAAGGAUUUGAUAUUUCAAAGACUGAACUAUGAAAACUUGUCCUGUGCCAUGUUUUAUUUAAAUGUUGUUUAGUGCAAAUACUUUUUCUUUAGAUAAAAUGUGCUAUGAUUCAAAUGUUGUCAUGCCUAGUGACUGAAGGUGAGAGUAAAGUAAAAAAAAAAAAGGUUAAAUGACAAAACAAUAUUAGUAGCAAGUCAACAAAUCGUUAGGUCUUGGGGACUUUCCCGUCUUGGGAGAACAUUUGUUUUAAUGGUACUGGAAAAGCUGGUAUGUUAUUCCUGUAUUUAAUACUACCAGUGCUAUUGUGGCUUUUAGAAAAACCAAAGGCUUGUUUUUUGUUAUACCACUCUGAGCGAAAAACAGCCUCCUGUGUUGACAACCUCACAUUCACAGACACCUGAAUGAGCUGCCCUCUUGGUUGCAUCCACCACCAUGCACGCCUCUGUGCACAGGCUCCGGACCACAAUGAAGUAGAUUACUUUUGUUCUGGGACGUCAAGGUUUUUUGGGAGGCAAAUAUCAUGGCUUAAGGUACUGUGAUAUUCUGGGCUUUGCUGUUCCACAAAAGUCAGACUCCACAGAAGGAUUCAUUGGGCUAAAUGUAGCAAAGGUUUAAUUCACCCACUACCCUUUCAAAGCCUUCCUGAAGUUUUCCCGCUGUCCCCUUCCCUCAGAUAGAUCACUGUGUUAAGACUGUCAUGGUGGACACUGAGGUAGAGGUUUGCAGACAACGUUUUUAGGUAAAGCUUUGAGUGAAGAGUAAUCCCUCCUGAUUUUAGCCCCUCAUGAGAGCAAGAAUUGUCACUCUAGUGACUUCAACAUUCAACAGUUCUAUUUUAUUGUAAUUAAAAAGAUGGUUUAAUUUUUGUUGUUGAUGUGGUGAAAGUUGUAUGAGUUGUUUUCUUUGUACUCUGCAGAAACCAAACAGUGGUUGUGCUAGCAGAGUAGACUCUCCCAGGGUUUCCCUUAUGUUCUGUAACGUCAUCUGUGACGAGUGUCAUCCAAAAGAAAAAAUAGGAGUUUUGAAGCGCCAAGGAAGGUGAACAUUCAGUAUUGUCUUUUCUUUGUUUUUUUAGUCUGCUGUGAAGAUGAAAAAACAGACAAAUAUGUUGAAAUGCAAGCAUCUGUGAUGUGACAAGAUAAUGAAAUGUAGCGCAAUCUUUGUGUGUUUUUGAACUGGUUGACGGUUUUUGUUUCCUCAGAAAUCGGAUACCUUUGUGAAAUGCAUUGUCUCCCUUUAAUAUGUUGCAUCGAUUCCCUUUCGGUCAUAAAAAAAAAAAAAGCAUAAUUCCUUCCCCCUCGUCCUCUGAGAUUAAAGGAGAGAUGGAGGCAAAAAAAAAAA